AUGGGUUGUGCAUAAGUAGUCAAUCACUCAAAUGACAUUUAAGAACCAAUCUUUGAAAGAAAAUCUUCAAAAAGAACAACUUCAAAAUAAAAUACAAGUUGUCAAGACUCUCCCAUAAUCUUUCCAUUAAAUUUACCUGAUGGAUUUGGAAAAUAUAAAAAGAAUCGCCAAAAUACUAUGAGUAAGACAAAGUUAAGGAAUGCUAUGAGGAUAGAAAUAUAAUUAGACACUAGUAAAAAUACUAUUUUGUAAAGGAGAACAAUAUCACCAUUAGUCUGA